AUGGCCCUACCGAGGCAGAAAGUGGUUGUUGUGGGCGCUGGCCCAGUGGGGUCUCUGGCAGCACUCUAUGCUGCAUCAAGAGGCGACGAUGUGGAGGUAUAUGAGCUCCGUGGAGAUCUCCGGGAUCCUACGACCGUGCCAUUAAACUUCACUAAGUCCAUUAACUUGGCGCUAUCUGAACGUGGAAUCACGUCCAUGAGACACGCGAAUCGAAAUGGCUUGAUUGACAAUGUUCUCCGCGAAGCGAUCCCCAUGCAUGGACGGAUGAUCCACGGCCGAGACCGGGGUGAUCUGUGGGAAGCUGCACAGGCCUAUGACAUCCACGGACGGGCCAUAAAUGCCAUUGAUCGAGGAACGCUCAACAACGCGCUACUCGACGAGUUGGAGAAAACUCCCAAUGUCAAACUUUUCUUCAACCACAAGCUGACUGGUGCGGACUUCCGUACCAACAAAGCUUGGUUUGAGCGCCGGAUCCCGGGCGAAACGCCCAUGGCAGAUGAUGCCGGUGUAGCUGGCCGAGUGCCCGAGAUCGAGGUGUCUUUUGACUAUCUCAUCGGUGCCGACGGUGCACACUCCGCUUCGCGCUUCCACAUGAUGAAGUUCGCUCGUGUCGAUUACCAGCAGGAGUAUAUCGACACGCUGUGGUGCGAGUUCCGGAUCCCACCUGCAGAGAACGGAGACUUCCGCAUCUCGCCAAACCAUCUGCACAUCUGGCCCGGUCGCGAGUUCAUGUUCAUUGCGAUCCCAUCAGCGGAUAAAUCCUUCACUUGUACUCUCUUCGCACCAUCUUCACACUACGCUUAUUUGGAAACCUCACCACAGGACUUGCAUGAAUUCUUCGACUCUCACUUCCCCGGCGUGAGCCCGGAGUUGAUCGAGCCGGCAGCAUUGAGCGAACAAUUCGCUAUCAACCCGCACCUGCCUCUUAUUAGCAUCAAGUGCAACCCUCACCACUACAACUCCAGCACCGUCAUCAUUGGAGAUGCCGCGCAUGCCGUGCUCCCGUUCUACGGCCAAGGUCUCAACGCAGGUCUCGAGGACGUCCGGGUCUUGUUCGAAAAACUGGAUGAGCACGGCGUUUACGAUCUGAACUCUAGCGUGUACACGCGCAGUCUUAAGCGACAGGUAGCUUUCCAAGCAUACACCAAUCAGCGUUGCGCUGAUACACAUGCCAUCAACGACCUUUCGAAAGAGAACUACAUGGAGAUGCGCGCGGGUGUCAAGUCACCACUUUACAAACUCCGCAAGUCAAUCGAGGAGAUCAUUGACCACCACUUCCCGAUAUUUGGUUGGAGAACACAGUAUUCUCGAGUCAGCUUCAGCAAUCAGCGAUACUCGGAGGUUGUCGAGGCUGUUCAGCACCAGAGUACGGUGCUUGGCUAUGGGCUAAGCGGUGCGUUAGUUGCAGGCAUCGGUGCUUUGUCUAUUUUGAUGUGGAAGUACCCUCGGUACCUUUCGCCCGUGGGACUUGUUCGGUGCGCGCGGCAUCUCGCGUGUGUUGGACUGAGGAGUGUUCGCAACUUCACUCGUAUCUAA